AUGGGUCUCUUGGGCAUGAGAAAACUCUGUCACAAGCUCAAGAGCAGCUAUCAGGCCAAGAAGAGUAAGUACAGAAGCUCUUUGCCAAGCAAGCUUGACAAAUCAAUUGCGGAUGAGACCGACGAGGAGGAAGAGGACAAUGUCGUCGAAAAUGAACGGGAAGAAGAAUCCCCAGAUGAGCGAAAAGCCAUUGUUCCGAAAACGAGAGGCGACAUCUCCCAUGCGAAGGGGGUGAUCAACACAGGAUCUAAUUUUCAGAUGAGAGACUACAAUGAUUACUCCAAGAAAAGCCCUUUUCUCUCCAUCAACAACACCGGCACUCUCGUUCUCACGAACGAGGCUUCACAAACUGGCAUUGCAGAUAUCAUAAUCAAGAGAUCCUCGGGGCAAGGGCAACAAUUGACGAGGGUUUCACUCCAGAGCGACGAAGAAGCAGCCGGCACAUGGACUCGUGGCAGCAACAAUAGCCAAAGUCCAAGUACGGAUCACCUUACACUACUACCAUCGCCUUCAAAUCCGCUUCUGGAUUUAAUAACUCGCUUUUUACGCCCUGAAGAAAACCACGAAGAGAAUGGCGCAGCUCCUGAAGUAUUACUAGCAAUUUUGGGCAUCAUAUUGGCAUGGUGCCAAGGUCUCGGCUUGGCGAAUAUCGCGAUAUGUCUCGCUCCACGGAUAUUGGAGAUCCCGCGGCCGAUCUUUGGUCUAUCUGUCAACAAAAUAGUGAUAUGUGACAUUCUGGGACAUGAGCACAAUCUUCAGGUUCCUGCAUCUUGGUUCGACUUCAAACUUGCGCUUAGGGAACGAGCCUUCAACCAGCCUGGAUUUGAGAAGAUCUUGCGCGACCAGUUCGACAUCACAUACCGCGAUUCUGCGAACCAAAUCCGUCGUAUAGGUCCCAAUAAUUGGAGAAAGGAACUGGUUCCCAAUAAGCGAUUUACAUUGUCAGCAAUUAUCCUUGGACUGGAGAUGUCCUUUCAGAAAUGCGCCCGGUGUGAAUCGCGUCUCAACUACGUGGAGAAUUAUUCCACCUGCCCGAAGUGUCACCUCUCUUGUUUUCAAAUGGGUGACCAGGGCAGGAUUCCAAACCUGAACGAACUGAUCAAGGUCCGCAAAUGUGCUGCUAAACAGCUGCAGCAGGAUCAUCUCGCAGUACCUGGCUCCAUUUCGUAUCUCGAAAACCCUUAUGGCCUAAAGUUUGAGAUGGCCAUGUCGCGAAGACGCUUGAAGGCAAGACAUUCACAGAUAACGGGGACUCUCAAAUCAAGUCCCAUCGCGGACGGGAAGACUAGUACCAGUUCUCGAAUGGCGCGAAUGACCAUAAAUGAAGAAGAGAAUGAAGAAGAACAAGAGGUCCAAGAUAACGACUUGAAUAAAGCCUAUAGUGACGGGGGGAGCGAACAGCGUGAGACGAAGCAUUGGGAGGUCAACGAAUACUCGCACGACAAGGAAUUGCGGCGACUGGAGCAGAAAGAACUAUCAUACUACAAGAAUAUCACUUCUGCCAGCAAUUUUGAUGUUCUUUACCAGGCUGCGAAAUCUGGCCACCUAGACUCGGUUCGUUCCAUAUUGGAAAUCUACGAAGAGAAUGGACUUAAGCCUGACGACAUAUGGGGAGAAUGGGGCACCCCAUUAGUUGCGGCUAUUAUGUCGAGAUCAUUUGACAUCACCAAAGCCCUUCUAGAUAUUGGCAGUGACCCGAUCAAGCCCGCGGGUCUACUGGGGUGCCCGUUACAUGCUGCUGCACUAAGGGCGGACCAAGAAAUCUUCGAGUUGGUCCUGUUGUACGCUGAAAGAAGCUGGCAGGCUCUAUUGCAUACUGAAGGAGAAUAUCAAGAAGCCCUGGACAUUUCUUUAUUUCGAUCUGCCCAGUUCAACCACAAGAUGCUCAUCCAACCUCUCCUUCAAGCUGGUGCCAACCCAUUCAAGCAACCAGGAGGGAUCAGUCAAUCUGCACUAAGGAUUGCCACGGUGGGAGAAGGAAGAGACUACUCCGUGUUCGAGGAUUACUUGCACAUUGCUGCGGAUUUUAUGCUUCUUCACGAGGAAGAGGUCAAAUGGAUGAAGUAUGCAUUUCUACAUCCUAAUCAUGAGCUGCAUGAAAUGAUUGAAGACAGCUCAUUGCGCCCUACGUGCGCAAAUAUCCAGAUAGGAGACACAGCAUUGGCGGAGAGAACGAUUAAUCAAAGGCUGAACAACCAGCCGUUAUUCCGCAGGAACCGGAUUUCGGAUAGUACAAAAAUUGAUGCUGGGAUGGCUCAAAUUACACCAACUACUUCUCUACUUCCUACCAUGAGGAGGUCGGGAUCAGGUAUUCAGUUCGAGAUUACAACCUGUUAG